AUGAGACGUGACGGAGGAGAGGGGAAACACACCCACUACAUCGGCCAUACGGCAAUCUGGAUCGUCUCCAUCGACAGCGAAGAGGGCUGCACGGGUGACCACUGCCUCACGGGCCACAAUGAGCGGCAGCUCUUCUCAUAUGAUGAGAGCUCGCUGACCUAUCCUUUGUCCUGGCAGCUUACCGGCACAGACGCAGGCGCGAUCUGCACCGCGUUUAACAAUAAUAGCUGCGAUAAUAGUGACGGCGAAGAGCAGGCGUACAUGGCUUACAAGGGCUGCAUUAACUAUAGCAAGAACUUUGACACGGAGACCUGGGUUGCUUUGAAAUAUGGUAUUUAG